AGAGUCCUUGUUUCCACUGCUCGGGCGCGCCACUCUCUCUCAGUUCUGUCGAUAAACUUCUACUCCUGCAAACCGAGAGAGAGAGAGAGAGAGAGAGAGAGAGAGAGAGAGAGAGAGAGACUGACUGACUGCUCGGGUUUCGACUUGGAAGAAAGAAGACGGCUGGCAGCACCCAGCAAUUGGCAGCAGCCUGUCUCCAGGUUUGGCAAACAUCAUCUCUCUGGCAUUUGGUACAAGCAGUUGCUCUGGUGGCAUCCACGAAUUACAAAUUAUCCCUGCGUUUUUGGUGACCUUUUGACUAGUGGAAUUCUUGCUUUCUGUAAAUUUGCUGGUCAAGAGGUGGCAACAGCUGAUAAGGAGAUGGCAUCAAACACAGAGAGUGGGAAGAGCUUUGCACGAAGAGACCAGCUUCUGGAAAUUGAGGCACAGGUACAGAAGUGGUGGGAAGAGAAAGAAGUUUUCAGGGCUGAUUCUCUAGAAACUCUUCCCAAACCAGGUGAGAAGUUCUUUGGGAACUUCCCUUUCCCUUACAUGAACGGCUACCUUCACUUGGGACAUGCAUUCUCUCUCUCCAAGCUUGAAUUUGCCGCAAGCUAUCACCGAUUGAGAGGUGCCAAUGUGCUCUUGCCUUUUGGUUUCCACUGUACUGGGAUGCCCAUUAAGGCCUCUGCUGACAAACUUUGUCGCGAAAUUCAAAAAUUUGGUAAUCCACCUGUUUUUCCUACCAUAGCAGAGGAGAAGAUCACAGAUCCAGAACCGCAACCAGAGGAAGCUAAUACUGGAAAUGAGGUUGCCCCAGAUAAAUUUAAGGGAAAAAAGUCCAAGGCAACAGCGAAAACAGGUGGCGAUAAGUACCAGUGGGAGAUAAUGCGAAGUUAUGGCCUCUCUGAUGAGGACAUUUCCAAGUUUCAAGAUCCAUCUUACUGGGUUACUUAUUUUCCCCCUCUGGCUGUAGAAGACCUUAAGGCUUUCGGCCUUGGCUGUGAUUGGAGACGGACUUUCAUCACGACUUACAUAAACCCAUUUUUUGACUCUUUUGUCCGGUGGCAGUUGAGGAAAUUGAAGAAGUUGGGUAAAAUUGUCAAGGACCUGAGAUACACUGUAUACUCCCCCUUAGAUGGUCAACCAUGCGCUGAUCAUGAUCGAGCUUCAGGGGAAGGUGUUAUUCCUCAAGAAUACACAUUGAUAAAAAUGGAGGUCAUUCCACCUCUUCCUCCAAAAUUGAGAGCUCUGGAGGGAAGGAAAGUGUACCUGGUGGCUGCAACAUUGAGACCCGAGACUAUGUAUGGUCAAACUAAUGCAUGGGUACUACCAGAGGGGAAAUAUGGAGCUUUUGAGAUCAAUGAAACUGAUAUUUUUAUCUCGACAGAGAGGGCGGCUCUUAAUCUUGCGUAUCAGAAACUGUCACGGGUCCCAGAAAAACCUACUUGUUUGGUUGAGUUGACUGGGAAUGAUUUGAUUGGUUUGCCUUUGAGGGCUCCUUUAGCUUUCAAUGAGACUAUAUACUCUCUGCCCAUGUUGUCAAUUCUCACGGACAAGGGUACUGGGAUUGUGACCAGUGUCCCCAGUGAUUCACCUGAUGAUUUCAUGUCUCUUUAUGAAUUGAAAUCAAAACCAGCUUUCAGGGCCAAGCUUGGUGUGAAGGACGAGUGGAUCCUACCAUUUGAAGUCAUUCCAAUCAUUAACACCCCAGAAUUCGGAGAUAAAGCUGCUGAGAAGGUCUGCCUAGACAUGAAGAUGAAGAGCCCGAAUGAGAGGCAGAAGCUUGAUGAGGCCAAGAAAAAAAUAUAUAAAGGAGGGUUCUAUGAGGGAACUAUGCUUGUGGGAGAACAUGCAGGGAUAAGAGUCCAGGAUGCGAAGAAUUUAAUCAAGAACAGGCUUGUAGAGCAUGGAGAAGCUGUUAUUUACAGUGAGCCUGAGAAGAAGGUCAUUUCAAGAUCAGGGGAUGAGUGUGUUGUGGCUUUGACUGAUCAGUGGUACAUCACUUAUGGGGAAUCAAAUUGGAAGGAGGCAGCAGAGGAGUGUUUGGCUAGUAUGAAUCUCUUUUGUGAUGAAACACGGCAUGGCUUUGAGCAUACUUUGAGUUGGCUAAAUCAAUGGGCUUGUUCUCGUAAUUUUGGGCUUGGCACUCAUAUUCCUUGGGACGAACAGUUUCUUGUAGAGUCUCUUUCUGAUUCUACCCUUUACAUGGCAUAUUAUACCGUCUGUCAUCUGUUACAAAGAGGUGAUAUGUAUGGUUCUGAUACAUCGUCAGUGAAACCAGAGCAGCUGACCGAUGAGGUCUGGGAUUUCUUGUUCUGUGGUGGGCCCUGCCCUCUAUCAUCCAAUAUUUCUGUUCCUCUUCUUAAUAAGAUGAAACAAGAGUUUGAGUACUGGUAUCCAUUUGAUCUACGGGUUUCAGGUAAGGAUCUGAUCCAAAAUCAUCUCACCUUCUGCAUCUAUAACCACACAGCAAUUUUGCCCAACCAUCACUGGCCUCAAGGCUUUCGAUGCAAUGGUCACAUUAUGUUGAAUGCCGAGAAAAUGUCGAAGUCAACAGGGAAUUUUAGGACAUUGCGCCAAGCAAUUGAAGAGUUCUCAGCGGAUGCCACACGAUUCUCCCUUGCUGAUGCCGGUGAUGGAAUGGAUGAUGCCAACUUUGUUUUCGAAACGGCCAAUGCUGCAAUCCUAAGGCUCACGAAAGAGAUCGCAUGGAUGCAGGAGGUUAUUGCUGCUGAAUCUUCUUUACGAAGUGGUCCCCCUACUACUUACGCUGAUCGCGUUUUUGCAAAUGAGAUAAAUUUUGCCGUGAAAAUGACGGAGAAGAACUAUGGUGAGUACUUAUUUAGAGCAGCUCUUAAAAGUGGGUUCUAUGAUCUUCAGGCUGCUAGGGACGAGUACAGGUUUUCUUGUGGGUCCGGGGGCAUGAACCGGGACCUAUUGUGGAGGUUUAUGGAUGUGCAGACAAGGCUUAUAACACCAAUUUGCCCUCAUUAUGCCGAAUAUGUUUGGAAGGAGCUUUUAAAGAAGGAAGGGUUUGUCAUUAAAGCGGGGUUUCCUGGAUGUGAUUUACCUGAUCUUACCCUUAAAAGGGCCAACACAUACUUGCAAGACUCGAUUGUUUCGAUGAGGAAGUUGCUUCAGAAACAAGUUUCUGGGUCAAAGAAAGCAGAGGUAAAUGUGUCAAGUCAACAAAGCAAACCGACAGAUGGUUUGAUAUUCGUGAAUGAGCAAUAUGACGGGUGGAAAAGGGAAUGCUUAAAUAUCCUUAGAAGUAACUUUGACACUGCCACACACAGUUUUGCUCCCGACCAGGAGAUCAUGGUGGCCUUGAAGGAGAGUGAAGUUGGGCAGGAAGCAAAUUUUAAGCAGACCCAGAAUCUUUGUAUGCCUUUCUUAAGGUUUAAGAAAGAGGAGGUUAUGGCUGUUGGGGUUCAGGCGUUGGAUUUGAGAUUGCCAUUCGGUGAGGUAGAGGUUUUGGAGGAGAACUUAGAGUUGCUAAAGCGGCAGCUUGGUCUCGAGCGGGUGGAAAUUUUGUCUGUAACAGAUCCUGAUGCUGUUAGAAGAGCUGGCCCCAAUAUUUCGAUUCUACGGCAGAAUCCUCCAUCUCCAGGAAACCUCACUGCCAUCUUUGAGUGAUUCCUUCUGCGAACUACUUUUCUCGUUUAGAUUUUAACUUAUCUUUUGCAAUAUAUGAGGACAGCUAUUCUGUUUCAACUACUAGACUUAUGUGACUUAUUUUGAAACUUGAUUCACACUUUUGGGAAUUUUGUAUGGGAAAUUAGUAUGUUUGUGGUUUAUGACCAGAUGGAUGAUCUGCUAUUGUGUAUUCUUUUUUAUACAAGCCAUGUUUUUUUUUUUUGUAAUGUAUCUUAGUUUAAGCC